AUUCGCUUAUAGGGUCUUUUUCCCUGUUGUUCCUAUCGCUUUUUUCCGCCAUUACGUGUUAAUUUGAUUUGCUUGGAUGCAGUGUGCGGGCGGCGGUAUCUGUUAAUAAUUCAAAACUUUUGUUUUAAAAAUCUGCGUUUCAUCUAUUGCGUAUAGAAUGUAAACUACUGAACGUUAUAUUAAAUAUUACGUUAUCCAAACCAAUAGUUUAAUUUGCAUGAUAGUGUUGUAUAUCAACGAAAAUUUCGAAAAUAAUGUGUUGGAACUACAAUCAGUUGGAUUGUCCACUCAGCAACGGCUUGGAAUAAUCAUAUAGUAAGCCUAUAAGAGAAUUGAGCUACAUUAUAAGCAAAUGCUCAGCAGUUAGUUCAACUUGUUCCAUAUAUUUUCAACUUUCGUUUUGUUCACUAUAAAUGAACACCAAGAACAUACAUGAAUUAACUUCACAUUUAUGUCAAGCGCUAGAUCAAAAUUACGAUGUGGUUAAUAUGGGUGCAGUUAUGUUGGUUAUAUCCACCUUAGAGGGAACAACGAUUACAAAGGAACAACUGGAGACCACCAGAUUGGCAAAAUUUAUAAACCACUUGCGGCGUCGUACCAAGGAUGAUCAUUUAGCACGUCGCGCUAAAUCUUUACUCAAGAAGUGGCGCGAAAUGGUUGGAAUUCAGCAACAGCCACAAGUAAUUGACACAACCCCUAUAAAUUUAUCUGCAGCGUUACCGUCUGGAUCUGGAUAUAGUACUAGCUUAUCCCAACAGCAGAGGUUUCGGUCACAGUCUAUUUCGCCAAGUGCUUCAUCAAUCCAUUUUGAACAACUUCAUUCAAAUUUUAAUAGUAGUCAAACGAUUCCGGCGUCUACCAUCCUUUCAGAACAUAUACAACAUGCGACAUCUGUUUCUACACAUUCUUUGACUCCAAUAGCAGAAAGUGCUAAUCCGGUUACACAUUAUAAUAAAAAAAGAUUUGGGACAUGUCAGAAUCAAAAUGAAACUCAUAUCAUAUCGAAGCAACCGACAAGUUUUGAGAAUGUUCUCAUAGGUUUUGGUGUUACAGACACUAAUUUGAGUAUAACAAGUGAUAGUUCAAGAUUUUGCAGUAAGUUAAGUCAAUCUGCACAACAACACGUAAUUCCGUCUGAUAACACUGGGGCCUUCAUAAUUGAUCAAUCAUCAAAUUCAAACUCACAAAUGAGCUUGAUCCUUCCAUCAAGUAAUCGACCCCCAGUGCUUGCUCCAAUUGUUAUUGACAUACAGGACUCGAAUUCUGGCUCAGAUUUAUCUGCCUCCGUAUUAAACGCUACACUUAACAGUAAAAUGCCUUUGUGCGAUCCAGGCAGAGCACAAAACGUUAGUUUAGCUAGUAGCCUUAGUAUACCGGGCUUGCAAUCCCAAUUUCCAUCGAAGUCAAAAAAGAUUAAAAAGGAGAAAAAGCGUAAAGAUAAAAGUCAAUACAGUGUUCACGAAACUGAAGUGACCAGUAAUGCUAAAGAUACUACUGUCUUAGUGGAUGAAACGUCUUCAAAUCAAAAUUGUCGCCUGCUAUCUGAAGGAAAUUCAGAUAAAUAUUCGCCAUUCGUCAAUGAUGAAAAAUCUCGCUUAGCAUAUCCAGAAAUCCUUUCACUUCUGGACAAUAGCUCAAUGAGCUCUAUGUUUCCGCCAGAAAGCUCUCCAAAUCCCGUUGAUGAGCAAAGUAAAGUUAAUUUAUCUGCAAAUGAUAGUCUUCGCACAACAUUUAAUUUAUCAUUAUCUGAUUUAUCUUUUGCUGGUAAAUUUAAACAAGGCGCUGCUUUGUUUCCAACCAGUAACGAGUUAACUGGUUAUAAAUCACAUCGACCAGCGUCGAUUCAGACUGGACCAACGCCUUCAAAAUUUGCACCGUUUCGGGGAGCUAGAUCUAAUUCAAACGACAGUAACAGUCAAGUUUCCCAACCGGAUCUAAUUGAAGUCAUUAGUAGUGAUAAAAUGCAAGGCUUUCAAACUCAAGCAAAACAGGGUACUUUAAAUUUGCAAUAUAAAACAGCAUCAACAUCAAGUAUGUCGCAGCAACCAGUUGCAGCAACGGUUACAACUGCACAACAGACGAAGUCAAUUAUUCAAAUAGAAACAUCUGGUCCGGGAAUUUCAAGAGUAUGCGUUGCACCAGAACAGAAAAUUCCAAGAAAACGAGGCCGCAAAAAAGGGUCUAAAGGUGUGGACUCAAUUAUUGCAAAAGAGACUAGUCUUAGCUCACAGAUACUAAUGACAACCUUGGGAACUGGGGGUAAAAAAGUCAAAACAACGAAAGAACUUUAUGUUGAAAUGCAAAAUCGGAAGCUGGGUAUAACAUCUACUUUAUCUUCGCCGACCUUAAUUGGAUUGCAAGCUCAGCAACAGCUGCAGGUGUCGCGUCCUACAUCUUCUUGCUCAGAGCCCUCAUUACAAUCACCACAUAUAUUUGAUCUAUGCUCACCGAAUGCUUCUAUGUCCACUGUAGCCGCACGUUCUACACAAGAAAAUUGUCUGAUUAAUCCUAAUGCAGGUGAUGGUGAGAGUACAAGUGAAACAGGCACCUCAGACCCCUCGCGUGACAGCUCUAGAAUUUUUAAGCAGCCAAAACGUUCAUUGUCUAUUGAUAGCAACAGUAAUUCUCCACAAUUUCCAUCCAUGAAGGCAAGCUAUAAUUCGAUACCCUCUAUCGAUCAUCAAAUUGCAGACAUAGAAAAACAGUUACACGAAGUUAUGUCGAACUUGCCCAUUGUGCCAGAUAUAGCUGGCAUUGAAUUAAAAUGUUCGACGGAAAAAGUUCCUUGUACAUGCAAAGUAAUUGAGUUGUUUCCGCCUAGCAACGACGUGGAAGUGUCUGUUCAAGAGGAGCAGAGUGAAAUGCAGACUGAAGUAACGGAUGGCAAGAACUAUAUGCAAAAUGUUUCGACGGAUCAAAUCGCAGAAAAGUUUGAUAAACUACAAACAGCAACUGAGAAUAUAAAUGUGCCUAAAGAAACUGGAUCGAAUCAGGUGUCAACGUCACCAUCACUACCGCCUCCUGAUCGUCCAAAUUUGAAGAAAUCUAUAUUUGACUUUGACUUCGAAGAUGAUGAGGAUCCAUUACAUACAUUAAAAGCGGAAGCGGCUGCAACAAAACAAAGAGAAAAGGAGCCAAGCAAUAGCAUUGAAGUUAUAGAUGUACUAGAAAUAAAUGCCCUUAAUGUACACCAAAUCGAACAGCAACAACAUCAACCUCUUGAAUUUAAAAUAUCCAUUGCGCCGGUUUUAACUCAGUUUAUGAAGGAGACACCCAUGACAAAAUUUCCUACGUAUGAAGUUGAAGAAGACGCCCAAUGUAUCGCAAAGCAGCGUUUUCAUCUACAAACGCAAAAAAUCACCAAAUUUCACAUUGAUGCCUUACAUAAUUGCUUCAUACCGAACGUUAACGGUAACUGGGAUGACACAAAUAACAGGCUUGCACAGAGUAACGUUUUGGGUGUCUUUACUGGAGCUGGUGAUGUGGAAAAUGAGUACGCUGUAACGGAUGGUUAUAGUGUCGUUCCAAAAUACGGUUCCCUAGUAAUGGAGCGGAUUUGCAAAGAUUUAAGUCACAUACAAUUUUCUGAAAACUUUAAACCGACAGAGGAUGCUUCGACUGGCGCAAAACAUUUGUACAUUUUGCCGUUUCUUGGUGUGGCUCGAUCAGUACUAACCAAAGUCGUGAAAAGAAAACGGCACAGUCACAAAAUUUGUCAUAAAACAGAAGUUACUGCAUUCAGCGCAUGUGUAUAUGAUAAAAAGGCCAGAGCAGCGUCAAAAAUUAAGGCGAAUAGGGAAUUUGAACACUACAAGACUGACAAAGGUAAUUUUGAAUUCGGUCUCCAGAUUAGAGAUAACCAAAUAUCAACUGUGCAACAAGGUUCAAUGUUUCAUUUGGGAAAAACUCUGGAUAUUGAAGCUGAUUCCGUUGUAAAUAAAAAUAUUAAUAGUGCCACCCUUAAAGAUAUAACUAUCGAUGUAAUCGAUCAUGGUAGUCGCAUAUUCUUGACACAACCAAACGAACUAAGCGGCGAAGCCGGACAAAACCUUCUUGCGAUUGCUGAUCAUUUGGAUUAUGGUUCGAAAUUGACUUCACUUAGUCAAAAUAACACUAUAACUGAUAGCAAUAACGCAGGGUUUCAGAACAACGUAGAAGAUCUACACCGAAGUAGUAAUCCCGAAACUGAUGAAAAGAAGAGUGGUUAUGGAUGUAAAUCUAUUAGCUCUCUAUUUCCCGUAAAGCUAUUAAGUGAAUUUAAUGAGAAAAAUACAACUCAAGUUGAAAAAUUGGAUGAAAAUGCUUCUAGUCGACAAAGCAGUAGUUGUAGCAGUUCAAGUUUAAGACAAGCUCAAAACUCAAUAAACUUGAAAUUAAAGCGUCAACUUCAUGAACAGAAGCUAUUAGAUAUAAGCGGAGAAGGAAAUCAUUUACGCCAAAAGAAUAGUCUGUGGUUUCCACUAAAUAAAUUAAAUGAAGAGAAUAAGCAGCCAAAAGUAAAACGAAUUAAAAUAGCAGUUAAUCGUAAUAUAGCGACAGAAAUGCAAAUAUUAGCUGGUAGCAGUAAUAUCAGCAUGGUUGAGAAUAACAAUGAAAAAUGUAUAGAUAAUGACAAAUUUCACGAGGAAAAUGAACAUACGUCUAAGGGCUUUGUAGGACACGAAAAUGUUGAAUCAGUUAAUAGUGUCGGCAGCCGCAUUUCAAUAUGUAACAAACUUAAUGAGCGAAGCACUGAUGAUGUUCGUAUAAAUUGUAGAGAAAACUGUAAUGACAAUCAAGAAGUCGACUAUGGAGAAAAUGAUGUCAAUGCAGAUGUAGUUUUCGACGAAUACGAAGAUAGUGAAGACUAUAGUAGCGAUUAUCAUGAAUUUGUUACACGAAAUAUAUCAGUCCCUUCAACGGGUAGCAACCACAUUGUACUAACAAUCAAAAAGACUCCCAGUAAAACUAAAUCUCCAUCUAAAUCUUUCUCUGCCAUGUCUCCAGUUAUCGCAAGCAAUAUUACAAGUAGUUCUCAGGCUGCAGGAAUAGCAACAGUAAUUUCCAAAACGUCAUGUGCUCCAAAUCUAAAUUAUGCCAAUAAGGACAUGUUAGUUGUAAGUAAAACAGAAGCCGGAGAAACAAAAGCUAAUACAACAACAGCCGAAUCUUUGGAGGAAAUUAAAGAGGUGAAAAGAAAUCAUUCACAAUCUGACAUCUGGGAUAACCAUGCAAAUAUUAGCUCUACAAGUUUCUUGCAAAACGUUGAAACUAUUUCAAGAAUACAGUCCUUGCCAUCUGGACAGCAUGAAAAUUUUAUUUCAACAUCUUACCGCCAUUUGAAAUUGCCUAAAUACAAAAAAUACCUGAAGCCAAACAAAAGACACAGAGGUAAAAAUAUAGAAAAUGGGAAUGGUAAAUUUUCACAUGUUAAACUUCACCAUGAACUAUUUUUUCCGCAUGAGCUAGUUAUAAGUGAUUGUUAUGGCAGUAAACGAAACAUUCUAAAUUUUAGCAGUUGUAGUUCAAGCUGUGGAGAGCAAUAUGAAGAAAACGAAGAAUAUGUUGGCAUGAAUCAUAUAUCUGAAGAAGACUUUAAUGACCGCACAUUCUCCGAAGCCGUUGUAAAUUCUGAAACUGAUAAUAUUAAUAUAUGUGGUAUACAGCAACAUUGGGAUUCUGAUUUAUCGACAUCACCUUGCUCCACAUAUUCUACUUGCUCUACAUGUGAUUCAAAGUCGAGUAAUUAUGUGCAAACAGAGUCAUAUAAUUAUAAAGGUUGUUUUGAUCCAAUUGUACAGUCUAGUGAUUACAGUCUAGAUACUAACGAGGAAAUUUCUCAUACGCUUGCUGACGACAACAUGGCAAAAAGUAUCAACGAAGAAUUGCCUUUAGAAAACAAUGGGCUUUUACAUUCAUUUAAUAAUAUUUAUACCAAAGUGGAUAAGUUGGAGGCUAAAACUACUGAUACAACCAUACAAAAUGACAAUAUUGUUGCGUUUAUGGCAGGAAGUCAUAUGAUAUGCGAUAAUAAAACUGUUGACCCUGCUACCGUGGAUGCAGAAAAGCAACAGGAGCAAAUGCGACGAAAUAAAAAUUGUGAUGAUUAUAAUAACAUUUAUAAUAAUAAUAAAAACAGUAAUAACAUUAAUUUAAUUAGAUAUUAUAUUAAUGAGCCUAGUUUAAUAACACAAGUUAAUCGUAAUGAACAAAGCGAUAUACAUAAUGAGGAUGACCAACAUGAGAAAGAAAGUCAUUUAGACGUUGUAAAUGUUUUUAAUGCCAAUACUGAUGCUGAUUUUUUUGAUACAUCGCUAAAUAUUGAUAAUUAUGAUAAAAAUACAAAUACCAGCAAUGUUGACCGUACUCUUUUUAUGGAACAUAGUGCGAAGGCUGAUCAGAUUACUAACAGUAGCUAUACAAACCGAUCGGAAAAGCUCACUCAAUCGUCCUUUUUCAAAUCUCACUGCGUACACAUGCUGUCACACAAAGAAAACCGUACAGGACUACGCGCUGUUGACGUAGAUGUUAAUGAUGACGAUGGUAAUAACUGUGCUCGCAUUCAGCAAUUUAAAGUAUGGCAUCAAGUAUUGCAGUUGCGUUCGUAUAAUGAAGAACUACUUACUGUACUACCGUACGUAGUUCUUGAUUGAAUUCACAUGAAAUUUGCAAGUCCUGUUUAUAUUCUUUUUUAAAUUUUAUUAAAACAGUAAUGUGUAUUGUAGAUUUAUGUUUUUGUUUUACAAUCCUCGUUUGUUAAAUAUAAUGAAUGAGAAUAUAAAAUAGAAUUGCUAAUAAUUUAAUACACGAUAAUAAUCUAUGUAAUAAUAACGAAACUGAAGCAAAUAUUUGUAAAAAAUAUGUAAUAACAACAUUUGCACUCCUUUGCAAGUAAUAAUAACUUUUUACGUCUUUAAUAUAUAAAAUUGUAUAAUUGGGUAGUGGAUGGGGAAUACGAAUAAUUCUUAGUCGAAGACUACGAACCGGUUCGUACUAAAACCAGAUGCAUUCGUUACUUGUGUUACAAUUUUUUAAUUGUAAA